AUGGAGAUUGAUCCUGCCGUCGCCAGGGCGCUGAAGCAGGCACUAUCCUUCUGCGUACUGUCCAAUGUCUUCGCUCAAGGCUAUUCGUCGUAUCAGGAACAGAGACUAGCUAUCAAUCCGGCAGCGUUUGUCCGCUUCCUGCUCUUCACGGCUAUUGUCACACCGCCCAACUACUGGUGGCAGAAAUGGCUCGAGGACUCAUAUCCGACCAGAGUGCCAACUGGACCUCGACAGGAGAAGGAACCUGGCGCCAAAAGUGACGACAAGGCAUUUUCGGUCACUAACACCAUCAUUAAGUUCAUGCUUGACCAAAGCAUCGGAUGCUGGGGCAACACGCUGGCAUUCAUGGUCCUUUUACCUCUUCUUAAGGGCCAGACAUUACCUCAGAUCACUUCGACACUACAGCAGGAUUUCUGGGGUAUGGUGAUGACAUCUUACUCAUUCUGGCCGCUGGUGUCUAUUGUCAAUCUGGUCUUCGUGCCAUUCAAAUACAGGGCGCUCGUCGGUAACACUGCGGCGUUCGUGUGGGGCGUCUACAUUGCCCUCAUCGCGAGCUAG